UAGAUAGAUGUAAACAAUUCUUGAGAAACCUCUACUUCUCCCAAAUGUCUCCCAAAUGUUGGAAGUGGAACAUUCGUUAUUUUUAUACUUUGAUAUUAGCAACGUUUGAUGCCGAAAAAGCAAACUUGUCGCCGCAGGUGAAAGAAGCUCCAUUCUAUUUACAGGUGAAAGAAGCAAGAAUUUCAACGAUCAAUAGUUGAACCGCCACAGCAGUCAGCACUCUAGUUUUUCCGGAGCUUAGAAUGAUUGUGAACUUUAUGAGGAAAGAGCUCGCAAAUGUAGCAGUCAUAGGAGUUCUGUUGUGUGCUGUAUCAUACAGCGUUCAUGGAGUUUCAGUUUCCUGUAUGAUGGCAUACGAUGAAGGUGGGGCUCCUGCUGUUUUUAGUUCACCUGAGUGUCCUCUGGGGGUUCUUUCCCCUGAAUCUUCUGAAAAUUCAAUGAGGAAUUGCCAGUUUGCCACACUUCAAGGACACAGAGAGUAUCAAGAGGAUCGUGUUGCAUGUAAUCUUGACAUGAAACUGCCAUUGUCAGAUGAAGCUGGGGUUGAAGAGAUUGCUGUUGGUAUUGCAGCUAUAUUUGAUGGCCAUGGAGGAGAGGAAGCCAGUGAGAUGGCUUCAACAAAACUUUUCGAUUAUUUUAUCUUGCAUGUCGUGUUCACUGCAUACAAACUAGCACUUCCAAGCAACAAAGAGAACCAUGACCCACAUGCAUUGAAGAGUUCUCAGAGGACACCACAUAUAAUUCAUCACUAUUCACUGCAUCCAAUUUUAGAGGAAGCACUGUUGAGGACAAUCCAUGACAUUGAUUCAGAAUUUUCAAAGGAAGCUUUGGAGGAAGGCUAUGUUUCAGGGUCUACUGCCACCAUUGUUCUUCUGAGUGACGGUCAAUUUCUGGUUGCCAAUGUUGGUGAUUCAAAGGCAAUUCUGUGCUCUAGUAAAGUUCAUGUCCACCAUCAUGCCGAAGAAGCUCCAUCAAUAGAAGAUUAUGCGGAGGAAUUGACAAGAGAUCAUCAUCCAGAUAGAGAAGAUGAGAAGGCCAGAAUUGAAGCAGCUGGUGGGUUCGUUCGUGUAUGGGGCGUUCCCCGUGUCAAUGGUGUAUUGGCUGUGUCCAGAGCUAUUGGUGAUGUGUUUUUAAAAAGAUAUGGUGUUACAGCUGAUCCUGAAAUCGCUGGUUGGAGACAGUUUACCCCUGAAAAUAGAUAUUUGGUUGUAGCAUCAGAUGGUAUAUUUGAGACAUUGACUCCCCACGAAGUGUGCAUUCUUACACAUGGUAAAGCAUCUGAGUCCUCAUCCGGAAAUGUCUCAUCAAGCUCAUUAGCUGACUGGAUAAUUCGCCAUGCGUUUAGGACAGGCAGCACAGAUAACCUGUCAGCCAUUGUGAUUUCUGAUCUUCACAACUGCACAAAGGAUAGAUGCGAUAGGGAGAGAAAAUUGACUAAUUAACUUUGCAUGCCACUUCACGAAUUAUAGUGAGAGGUCUAAAAUUUGCUGGUGAUUUUAUUUUGUUUUAGGUGCUAACUCCAAUUCUGAGAGGAUCAAACUAAUGCUGUAUGUAUCCAUAUUUGAGCCGCGAGCUUCCAGUUUUAUCUAUGACAUCUCAUAACUACUACAUUUAUACAUA